AUGGUUUCCUGGGAGCAUCAAGCCAAGGAUCCUAAGGUGCCGCAGGCUGACUUCAAAGAUGGUCGAAACGACAUUCCAGCCUCUAACACAGCAGUUAAAUGCAUGGUCUCUGAUGUACUCGGCCGCGGAAAAGGCGACGAUCCUCAGCUCGAGCAGGUUCUUAAAAAUGCUUCCGCCACUGCAUACGGAGCUGGAUCAGACACUGUAAGAUAUGCAGUCUUCGACUGUGGCAUCUCGAUUGAGAUUAUCGCCUAG